CUUUUAUAUAUUAUAUCCUUUUGCAAAUUUUUUCAUCUCUCUCUCUUUAUUAAUCAUGCUUAGAUUUGCACGAUCGAUUAUAGAUACUGUCUUUGGUAGAAAACGUCCAUUGGAAGAAGAGGAAGAAGAAGAAAACGCACUUGCGAAAAAGCAAAAACUUGAUAAUGUUCUUCAUCGUGUCAGAGUGUCUAAUUUACCACAGAUUGAUUAUGCCAGCUUAAAGAAAUUCUUAAAAGCUCAAGGAUACACACGUCUCAAGAAAGCACCCAAGUGGAACUAUUGCUUCAUCACUGUUAAUAAUGAAGAAGAAGCAAUGGAAUGCGUCAAAAAGUUGGAUAGACACACAUUUAAAAAGAACGAAUUGAAGGCAGAGUAUGAUCCUACAUCAGAAGUUGAAUAUCGUGAAAGAUUUAGUAAAAAGAAGAAGCAACAAGCGGAUCCAAAUGAUACACGUACUAGCGCUGAAAAAUUAGCAGAUCAAGUAACGCCUUUUUGGAGAUUGGAUUAUGAACAACAAUUGGUCAAGAAGAAUAGACAUGGAAUGAAGGCAUUGGCCGCACUUAAAAAGAAACUGGCUGGCUUUUGUGAUGAUAAAACGAAGCAUCAAAUUGGUUGGGCUCGUGACAAAGGAAUGCUUCCAUGUGAAUUACUUCCAGUUAUUGGCUCACCAGUACUUCAAAAUUACCGUACCAAGUGUGAAUUUACCAUUGGUAAAAACUUAAAUGAUGAACCCACAGUUGGUUUCCUUUUGGGGUUAUACCGUGAAGGUAUUGUAGCUGUUUUGGAACCAGAUGAAUGCUUGAUUGUACCAGAAACAGCCAAGAAGAUUGCAAAAUACAUGACGGAUUAUAUCAGUGCAUCUGAUCUUCCAGUAUACGACAGAGUCGAAAAGAAAGGCUGCUGGCGUACCAUCAUGACCAAAACGCCUAGCACAGGCGAAGUGCUGAUCUUGAUCCAAAUGUGCUCUACUGAUGUGCCCCCUGAAAGAGUACAACAGGAAAAGACAGCUUUAAUUGAAUUUUGGCAAGAAAAGAGUGAUAUCUCAGUCACCACGUUGCUAUUUCAAGAAUGGAAUGGCUCUUCUAAUGGUAUUACAGAUAAGGCACCUAUCGAAGCGUUGACUGGAACCGGUUAUAUUCACGAAGAAUUGCUUGGUCUGCGCUUCCGUCUGUCUGCUCACUCCUUUUUUCAAAUUAAUACACCUGCUACUGAGAUUUUGUAUUCCAAGUGUGCAGAGUGGUGUAAUAUUGACAGCAGUAAAAAAACAACGUUGCUUGAUCUCUGCUGUGGUACAGGUACCAUUGGCCUUACUAUGGCCAAGUCGGUUGAUAAAGUCAUUGGUAUUGAAAUGGUCCCUGAAGCUAUUGAGGAUGCCAAGAUAAAUGCCCAGUUGAAUGAUGUAAAUAAUGUCACUUAUUAUGCCAGCAGAGUCGAAAAGGCAAUGCAUCAUGUUAAGAAUGAGCGCAACGAAGAAAUUGUAGCUGUUUUAGAUCCACCAAGAAACGGCGUUCAUCCCAGUGUAAUUGGUGCCAUUCGUGAAAAUUCACGCAUAGAGCGUUUAAUUUAUAUCAGCUGUGACUCGAAGCAAGCAGUAGAUAACUUUACUGCUCUUUGUAGACCUCAAUCCAACAAGUACAAGGGCUUGCCAUUUAAGCCUUCACGUGCUGUUACUAUUGACUUGUUUCCUCAAACUGAGCAUUGUGAACUUAUGGUUGAAUUUGUAAGAAUAAAAGAAGACGAUUACCAAGAGGAAGAGGAAAACGGAAAAGAACAGAAAGAAGAAUAACAAGAGAACAGAAAGAAGUAGAAGUAGUAGAUACAAGUGAAGCUGUUAUUGAAGUACAGACUUUACUGCGUGAAUUUUAAAUAAACUACAGCUGCAAAUGUGCAAUGAUUGACAAAGACACCAAAGCGAAAGGAGUGAAGGGAUUGUGAUGAUGUAUAUUACUUUUUCACAACACUAGACUGGCUAUGUAGUAGCCGUACAAUACUUGCCCCACUUUUUGCUUAUUUCACAUUCACGCCUUCUCUGAGCAAAAGAAGGGCUUAUAUAUUUGUUUCAUUUGUUUUUCACGACAAC